UAGAGUGUAGAGUGUACUCAGUCACCAUCCAGAUGAAUAUCGCCAUGUCAGCCCCCAACAGCAUCAAAUCUGCCCGCGGCGCUCACAACGAGCGACUUCCACCGGAGUCGAUCCGUGGCCUGGGCGAGGCGGAACGUCGUCAGCUCGAGGCUGCAUUGGUGCGGAAAAUCGACUGGAGGCUGAUGCCCAUGCUCAUCCUGAUGUACAUCAUGAACUAUCUCGACCGGAACAACAUCGCCGCAGCACGAUUGGCCGGACUGGAGGACGAACUGAAUCUGACGAGUACGCAGUAUCAGACGAGUGUUUCGAUCCUAUUCGUCGGGUACAUCUUGAUGCAGAUCCCGUCGAACAUGUUCCUCGACAAGAUCGGAAAGCCAUCGAUAUAUCUCCCCGCCUGCAUGAUCAUCUGGGGAAUCAUUUCUGGUGCCACGGCGGGUGUCAGCAGCUUCGGAGGCUUGGUGGCGUGUCGAUUAAUACUCGGUAUUGUUGAAGCCGCCUACUUCCCCGGAUGUCUCUUCUUUCUUUCGAUGUGGUAUACGCGUAAAGAACUGGGUUUCCGUACCGCGAUGCUGUACUCCGGAUCGCUCAUAUCCGGUGCCUUCUCCGGACUCAUCUCGGCGGGAAUCACCGAUGGUAUGGACGGCAAGCGUGGGCUCCUCGCAUGGAGAUGGCUCUUCCUGAUCGAAGGCGCGGUAACCGUCGUGAUCGCAGCAAGCGCCUUCUUCAUCCUUCCCGAUUUUCCCAAGAGCACAACCUGGCUGUCGGUGCAGGAGAAGGACAUGGCUAUAUGGCGUCUCGAGGAAGAUAUUGGCGAACCCGACUGGGAAGGCGGUCAAAAGGAAAACCUCACGCACGGCCUCAAGCUCGCUUUCACAGAUAUCAAAACGUACAUGCUCAUGGGCGUCGUCUUUGGAAUCGUCUCCAGCGGGAGUGUCACAAAUUUCUUCCCAAGUGUCGUCGAGACCCUCGGAUACAACCGGAUCAUUUCCCUGCUGCUCACCGCACCUCCAUACGCCCUCGCAGUAAUCACCACCUUCUGCAACUCCCUGCACGCCGACAAGACCGGCGAGCGGUACUUCCACAUCACCGUUCCGCUAUGGUUCUCCAUGGUCGCGUUCAUCCUCGCCGCCGCAACGACGACCACCGCCCCACGGUACCUAUCAAUGAUGCUGAUGGUGCCCUCCGUCUACGCCGGGUACGUCGUCGCGCUCGCGUGGAUAUCCAACACGCUACCGCGGCCGCCCGCGAAGCGCGCCGCCGCCAUCGCUGCGAUCAAUGCGGUCAGUAAUGCGACCAGUAUCUGGACCGCGUACGCGUACCCGAAGACGAGCGCGCCGCGGUAUGUGGAGGCUAUGGCGAUGAAUUGUGCUACCGCCGCGUUGGCGAUCAUUGCUGCUACCAUACUGAAGUGGUAUCUGACUAGGCAGAAUAAGAAGCUGGAUAGGGAGGAGCAGGAUGAUGGCGGGUUUAGGUAUUUGGUGUAGUUGUGGGUGUAGGUUUAGGCGAUGUACUAUAGUGGGUAGAUACGUAGAAGUUGAACCACCUAGUAUCAUCGGAUGGAUUCGUUUCAUAGUGGCGCGCAGCGCGCCUCCGGCAGGUAGUUACUUGCCAAUUCCAACAAAAGCUCUUCACGUUCACAUCAUGAAUCACGACUGAGCCCAUAGAUAGUAGGAUGCCAGUGACGUAAUCCUGGAAGGAAAACAGCGAAA